AUGAGGUCCAGAGGCGAGCACUCUCUUAGACAAAGGCAAGUCCUCCUGCUUCUCUUUGUUUUCAUGGGUGGGUUUCUUGCUGGGUCUGAGUCGAGACGCUAUUCUGUGGCCGAGGAAAAAGACAAGGGUUUUGUAAUAGCAAAUGUGGCAAAGGAUUUGGGGCUAAGGGUGGAGGAGCUGGCCUCAAGGGGGGCACAGGUGGUGUCCAAAGGAAGUAAGCAGUAUUUCCAGCUUAACAAGCAGACCGGUGACCUGCUGCUCGCUGAGAAACUGGACCGGGAGGAGCUGUGUGGCCCCACGGAACCCUGCGUGCUGCACUUCCAAAUACUGCUGCAUAACCCCCUGCAGUUUCUUACUAGCGAGCUCCAGGUGACAGAUGUGAACGACCACUGCCCGGUGUUCUUCGAAGAGGAAAUGCGGCUGACAAUCCUGGAAAGCACUCCGCCGGGAACAAAGUUCCAAUUGGGAAGUGCUGAGGACUUGGAUGUGGGGCUUAACAGUCUCCAAAACUACACCAUUGACCCCAAUUCCCAUUUCCACGUCCUCACGAGCAGCCGCAGGGAUGGGAGAAAGUUUCCCGAACUGGUGCUGGACAAUGCACUGGACCGGGAGCAGCAGCCUGAGAUGAACUUGCGGCUCACGGCGCUGGACGGCGGCUAUCCGGCCAGGUCCGGGACCGCGCGGAUCCGUAUUAUGGUCCUGGACGUAAACGACAACGCGCCAGCUUUUGCGCGCCCGGUCUAUGAGGUGCAGAUUCCGGAGAGCAGCCCAGUGGGUUCCGUGAUCAUCACUAUUUCAGCUUCUGAUUUAGAUGCCGGAAGCUUUGGGGCCAUCUCCUAUAGGUUUUCUGCUGCUUCUGAGGACAUUCUCAGAACUUUUCAAUUAGAUCCAGUAACCGGUGAUGUGAGACUGGUCCGCGACUUGGACUUUGAGACAGUGCACGGGUAUGAAGUGUUCGUGGAGGCCAAGGAUGGUGGAGGCCUUGUGGGAAAAUCUACAAUCCUGGUUCAGGUGGUGGACGUGAACGACAACGCACCAGAGCUGACAGUGUCCUCGCUUACCAGCCCCAUUCCCGAGAACUCUGGAGAGACUGUGGUGGCCAUCUUCAGUGUCACUGACCUGGAUUCUGGAGACAAUGGGAAGGUCGUGUGCUCCAUCCAAGAUGAUGUGCCUUUCUUCCUGAAACCGUCUGUGGAGAACUUCUACACUCUCGUGGCAAACGCAGCACUGGACAGGGAGGCCAGGGCUCAGUACACCAUCACCAUCACCGUCUCUGACCUGGGCACGCCCAGGCUGCAGAGCCAGCACAAUGUGACAGUGCACGUGUCCGACGUCAACGACAACGCGCCCACCUUCAGCCAGGCCCUGUACACCCUGUUCGUGCUGGAGAACAACAGCCCCGCGCUGCACAUCGGCAGCGUGAGCGCCAGCGACAGGGACGCGGGCACCAACGCCCAGCUCACCUACUCGCUGCUUACACAAGACCAGGCAACGCAGCAGCCACAGGGACAGGGACAGGAGCAGGUGGACGUGGGCGCGCUGGUGGCCCUGGACGCGGCGAGUGGGCAGCUGUUCGCACUGCGCGCGCUCGACUACGAGACCCUGCGCGCCUUCGAGUUCGGCGUGCGCGCGUCGGACGGCGGGUCUCCGGCGCUGAGCGGCGAGGCGCGCGUGCGCGUGGUGCUGCGCGACGCCAACGACCACGCGCCGCGCGUGCUGUACCCGCCGCGCAACGGCUCUGCGGCGGGCGCGUGCCCCGAGCUGGUGCCGCGCGGCGCCGAGGCGGGCUACGUGGUGAGCAAGGUGGUGGCGGUGGACGGCGACUCGGGCCGCAACGCGUGGCUGUCGUACGAGCUGCUGCAGGCCACGGAGCCCGGGCUGUUCGGCGUGUGGGCGCACAGCGGCGAGGUGCGCACGGCGCGGCCUGUGAGCGAGCGCGACGCGCCGCAGCAGCGGCUGCUGGUGCAGGUGCGCGACCACGGCGAGCCGCCGCUCUCGGCCAGCGUGGCGCUGCACGUGCUGCUGGUGGACGGCUUCUCGCAGCCCUACCUGCCGCGGCCCGACGCGCCGGCGGGGCAGGCGGGGCAGGCGGGGCAGGCGGGUGCGGAGGCGCUGACGGUGUCGCUGGUGGUGGCGCUGGCGGCGGUGUCUUCUCUGUUCUUGGCGUCUGUGUUGGCGCUGGUGGCCGCGCGGCUGUGUGGGCGCGGCGGGGCCGGGGCUGGGGCUGUGGCGGUGGGGUCAGGGUGUGGGGUGUCUGUGGCCGAGGGCCGCUUCUUCCCUGCCGGGGCUGGGUGUGGUGGUGUGGGUCCUCUGGUGGACGUGGGCGGGGCGGGGACGCUGUCGCAGAGCUACCAGUAUGAGGUGUGUGUGAGUGGAGGGAGUGGGACUGGUGAGUUCAAAUUCAUGAAGCCGAUUUUACCCAGUGUCUUUGUUCAGGACAGUGGGCAAAAUGAAAACCCAAAUGGUAGUAAUAGCUCUGUGUUUAACUAA